CUUCAACAAUAGGAACAGCAAAGAAGGUUGUUUAGGAAUAACAAACAAUAAGCAUUCACCUCAUUGCUAUCAAUCUUACAAAAGCACACCUUUUUUGAAAAGAAGGAUCGAAGUAUUCUGUUGGGAACAACUCACGAGGAUGGCUACAAUUAGGGAUGGAUUCAUCACAGAGGUUGAUGACAAUGGUGUUGGACUUAUCCCUGCCCCGCCGUCUCCCCACAAAUCAACACAUACAAACCCGAGCUUAGCUACUUCAACUUGCAACAGCGGAGCGAUGGCGAGUUCUGGUUCUUCUAUUCCUUCACGAGACUCUGUUUCUGCUGCGAUCGCGCUUGUUCGGGCCAAACAAAUCGCGAAGUCGGUAGCUCAACGAGCCGAAGACCAGAUUCUACAGCCACGAUCAUUCGCAUCCGACCAAACCUCUACUUCUCUCGUGACUGACUCCUCGUCGAAGAGCAAGACAACCAACAGUUACGCGUCUGCAAGGGGGGAAAAUUCCGCACCACCUUCCUUGCCGAGUGGAGAGAAGUCGGUAUCUAGUAGUGCACGAGGUUCUAUGAGUAUUUCAUUGCAACUGCCUAGAGAUCAAUCUUCCCUAGGCGUUCCUUCUACUUCAACCACCACGUCUUGCGAUGGUAUUCCGGUUGCCCCAAGUCUAUGCUCAAAUGGAAGCGACGAUUUUGAUGUGGCAGUUGAUGCAAAGACUCUUGACGACGUCAACGCGUUUCUCAAUCGUUUAGGAGUCGGAGAAUUACGUUCGAUGUCAGUGGAUUCCAAUAACAGCAAUGCGAUAAAUGCAGUAGACUCUAUUGAAAAUCUAAGGGCAGCUUCUGCGGAUUCUUUGGUAGAUGAAGAUAAGGUGUCGUCUGGAGAAAUUGACCAAGAGACGUUGGCUGAAAUAUCGGCCUACAUUGAUGCUGCUACAAAAAAAAGUGAGAAGCGCGAAGAGAUCAAUGAACAAGAAAGCCCAAUUUAUGAAAGGCUGGAGGAUGUACAGUCUUGUAACGAUCCGCCAUCGAUGUUUCAUACCGGAAUUUCUGGCCAUAAAGACGAUCCUCCUGCAGCUUCGCCCCAGGCUGAAGCCGUAUAUACUGAGCAAAGCGAAAAAGUAAAUCCAUUUCUGGAUCUUUCAUAUCGUGAGGAGGAACCCCACAAAAACAGUCAAGCAACUCUCGUGAAUUCUAUUGUAGCGGAAGAAGAAGCAACUCAAGAAGGCACUGAAGAAGAAGCGAACGACGACAAGUCUCGUGAAAGCCAUUAUACUGAGACGUCGUUUGCAGCUAGUAUGCGCAACACACUUAGUACUGUAGAAGAGGUAUUUUCAGCGGAAGCCGAGGAAGAAGAGGAGAAUGAGGUUGAGUUCUCUGCGCCUGAAAAAGAAGUGAAUCAGAUGCGAGAGUUCGCGCUACCAGCUGUAGCUUCCUAUGAACAAGAGUCAGUGUAUGGACCCGAUGGAAGAAAGGAGCCGAAAGGAACUUACGAAAAAACCGGUGUAGAAGUUGAGAAAUUACCUGUAUCCAACGUUGGUGUGGAACAAAACAUGAUGAAUAGUGAUAUGUCUGUGAUUAGUACGGACUCACAAAAUGUUGGAAAAUCAUCUCAAAACGUUGGCAUUGACGACGGCGCUAAUAGCGUCAAAAGCCAGGGAUUGAGCGAGACUGAUUCAGUUCCAUGGGCUCUUCGAGAUGUUGCUAGUGAAGAAACUAUGCGAGCAACAGGUCGCCGGCGCCCACGAUUUGUUGUAUCUGGACCUCGGCCGUCAAACAAAUCAAGAAAUGUUGCCAGCCUUUUUGAUGAUACAUCCAUACAAGCAAGCGAGGCCGCUAGUGAAUUCAAGAAUGGCGAAUCUUUUGUCUCAGAAGUGAGAAGUGAUGAUAGUGAUGAGAAGAGUUAUGAAGAGGAAGACAUCGAUGACGACGAGGAGGAAAAUGCAGUGCAGACUUCAGAUUCUUUCGAAGGAAAUGGUUGUCUUGUUGAUAACAUAUUGUACAACGAUUAUGUACCAGAAGAUGACUAUGCUCUUCAACGAGGCACAAGUGAUGGAAUUUUCAGUAGCACUGAUGAGACCGAAGCGUCGGGCAUAAGCGAUAGGGUACGUCUAAAUUCUACUGAAUCUGGUGAAGCUGGGAUAUCCGAACAAGAAAGCAUUGAAGUCGUUGAUGAUAAAUACGGUGUCUGCGAUGACGAAGUAGGGGACCCCACAUCAUCCCAAGUAGAAGAUGAAGAAGAUCGCGAAAUUGCUCAAGACCCAUCGGGAGAAAUGGCUGGAUUUGUCUCUAGUCCAAUUAAAGCCAGCAACGUUGCUACAGCGACAGAUACCGAAACCAACGCAAAAGCAGGAGAACAUGAGGGAAAAAUUGAGCAAAAUAAUUCUUUCCUUCGCCAAUUUGAAGAUUUGGACUUGAGUGAGGAGGGGGAAACGGACCAAAGUUUGGAACCAGACAACAGUUUAGACCAUCAAAAUCACGAGAUUGUUGAAGACGAUGUUCCUGAUGCCAUGUCACCAGCAGCGUUGAUCAGCUAUUUUUACACGAUUGAUGCACGGAUAUUUAAAGGAGAAGAGGACGAGAAGUUGGUCAAAGGCUUCAAAAGAUUGAUGAUGCCUGUCAUAGACGGGAAAAAACCUACCAUAAUCGAGGAAGCUCAGAUUCGACAAGCAGCACUGAAAGCAGAUAUCCCCCUCGCUUUCGUUGAUGCUUUUAUCGACCAUGUGAAGGACGACCACCCUGAUGUUGCACCGAAAAAAUCUGAGGAAGAUGACCCAGAUUUGCUUUCGAUAGGCUGGGACGAUAUAGAAGAAGUCAACGAAGAUGAGGCUAUCGCCGCAUUUUUGUCUUCAAAAUUUGGUGCAAAUGCUGAGGUUGAAAACACGAAAGCGAGGAAAAAGCAUAAACAUGACAAGAAAUCUAAAGAACUGAUGGGCACUGGUAGUCGUGAUUAUGAUCCUGAUGAUGACAUUGUGACAUCCGCGAUCGAACCGGAUUUCAUGAAGACAAAAAGUGAAGACGAGACUAAUUACGAGUACAAUGAAAGCGAGACGAUAGAUAGCGACGAUUCUAAAGGAUCAACCCACGAGUCAAAGGAAAAUACCAUCGGAAACGCAGAACAAAUUGCAAUCGAAUGCCCAGACACCAUCCCAAAGGUUGUUCAGGCUAUCAAAAAGCAGGAGAUCGAGCCCGUCGACAUGAAAAUAUUAGAAGCUUGCAAAAGUAUUGAGAGCUUUGACGAAGAAGUUUGGCAACGAAGGACAGCGAUGGCGACCUAUGGUUGGGAAUGGCAAGAGGCAACCUGGCUUUCUUCUCCAGGAGGCUCAAAUCUCUCAGGAGUAGGCAUCGAUGGUGUUGCUAUAGGAAAAGGCGUAUCGAAUCUUUUGUUCACCAAAAAAGCUUUCCCACUUGCAAGGAAAACCUGCAAAAUCCCAUAUAAGCGUAGAGUGAAGCCUCACGCUGGUUAUUCUGACAUUGACGUGCUCUCAUUACAAGAAUCUGCAGUAAAUGGGGAGAAAAAUGUGCUGAAGGACGAAACCCCAUGGGAACUCCGCAAUGUGCGUCAGCGUUUCCUUCACGAGCGGAGCUUGACUUUUUCAAGAAAUUGGUUCGGUACUUUAGUGAAGACAAGCGGGAAUGACAGAAUAAAGGCUCCUGUUUGCAAACCAAAAUCAAUGGAAAUGCCUAUGAGAAAUAUACCAGAUCCUGGAGACUGGACUCCAGAAUGGUAUACAAGUUGGGGCGGUACUUUAGGGUCAGGCAGUGACUCUGAAUAUGAUUCUGAUGGAGAGAGCACUUACACCAAAGACACUCGUGAUGGCAAAGAUGAUUCGAUUCGUUCUUAUUCGACCAGCAGUAGCUUUUCAGAAGACGAAGAGUGGGAAGACGCUCCAGAAUGUGGCACUAUCGUCAACACAAAGUUAAAGAUUGGAGAACAUGUAUCACGAGUUCACCCAGACUAUACGAGUUCGUUGAGGAAGAGCCGAUGGCGCAAGAAAUAUUUCCCGGUUGGAACUUUUCCAUACUAAUUUUAAUAGGUAUAAUUACAUGUUAUGAAAUAAAAGUCAUGUUAGCUUAUAAUUAUACAAUCAUUCAGAAGAAAGUUGGUCCAAAAUUAUUUUAAAUUGAAACCGAUGUAUUGAUUUCACUACAAUUUCUAACUGGUAUGAAACAUAUGAUGAAACAUGCAGGUCUCUUUGAAGUAAUAAUGGGUCAUGUUGGUGAAGCUCCUCAAUUGACCAAACCUAAUAGACUGAUAAGACAAAA